CUCACUCUUGCCAAUGUCGACUUUCAGUUGCGCACUCUGUUCUCGACUUCUCUCGGCUCGGCUCUCUCCAGUCUUCAGACACUUCCGUCUUUUUCUCUCUUUCUUCCUCUUUUUCCAUCGCCAUCUAGAUCGCCUUUCCUUUUUCUAGCCUCGUCUGGCAACAACCGCCCCUUCCUCUUCCUUCUUCCUCUCUAUUCGUGCAAAGACGUCGGUCGUCGUCACUGUCUGUCGUCAUCGUCGCCGUUGUCGAAAAUUGUUGUUGAUUCAUCUCAAUUCUUCAGUUGUUCCUGUUCCGUCUUCUCUGCUAUCAAAUUCUAGUGUGGCACCUUUGCCGCUGUGAUCACUUCCAUCAGCCAGGUUUCCUCCUGCCCGCCCGUCCGUCCGUCCGUCCGUCUGAGCCUCGUUGAUUGAAAAAAAUUAACAAGACCAUCCCCACCGGAGACGAGACGUACCCAAACAACGCGCCUCUGUCGCUUCCUUCGGCUUUGUAUCUCGAUCCCCUCUCGACCACACGCACUGCACCACACCUGACCACACCCGCCCGCCCACUAUUCUAGACCGCACACAACUGCAGAAAUCUCCCCAAAAUCCAAAAUCCAACGAAACAAACCCCCCAGCUGGGCAAAAGGAAAGAAAAGACCGAUCUCAUCGACAACAACAAGCAACAAAAAGGAUAUUCCUUUUAAUCCUUGUCUUCUAUUUUCGGCUACACACGCUAUUUGCUAUCACGGUCCAAUUGAACCUCGCGCGUUUUCUGUCUUGUCGACCUCGGCCUCGAUUGGUUUUUUUUUUCUCGACAACAGGCAACGCACCGCAACACGCAUUCGCACUCCAACCACCACGAACACGCACCGUUCACACAAUAAUCUCUGGCAGCAACGUUCAUCAAAGGCAAUUGAUUGUCCUUGAUUCGGAAAGAGCUGUAUACUAGGAUCAUCGUGGAGACGUGAUCCCCCCCGGAUACAGCAAUCACACACACGCACAGUCAGCUGUUGCUGCUUCUUCUGUCAAACACACUUUGAGAGUGGAAGGAAGAAGAAGAAAAAAAAAGGAUCAUCAGUCCUGCUCAUUGUUCUUCAAGACGCUCCCGUCCCUUUGGAACAAGUGGAAAAAGGUAGCUCUGGCCAGCUCUGUCCUCUGUCCCUUUGUCUGUCUCCAUUCCGAGAAAACAAAGGUUUGACUUCUCCACGCGUCGUCGCUCCCCGCUAGAGGUACUAAACCCGACAGCCACACACCACACUACGGCCUGCCACCUAGCCAAGCAUCCCCUGCCGCUAGCAGCUCCGUCGGUCUCUCUUCAGCUUGUUGUCUCCUGACCCGGUCAAGUCCAGGCUUGCACACACUGUCUUCGGUCGCAACCGAGCCAACUCUGCCUGACCACCACCGCACUGCACCUUUUCCAAGGUUCGCACCGGUUCGACCAGAUUCGCCACCUCACUCAUCCUCCUCCUCCUCCUCUCGACAAGUCAUCAAUAGAAACUUGAACAACCCCACCGUCCUUCCUUCUCAUUCACCAUCCCAUUGUACGCGCGCGAGGUCUUUUUUACCUUCUCUCUCUCCGCCGACCGACGACCGUCUUCUACUUGCAACUGUCGAUCCUCGACCGCUUCUUUCCCUCUUCUGUUCGUCGCUUCGGCUUUUGAACGCUUUGCCCGCUCAUUCGGCUUCCAUCAUCAACAGCACAAUCUUUUGACCUUCGUCUCUCGACAAUCUUUUAAUUGGAACGCAUUCUGAAUCAUCUUCAGCUGUUUUUAUACAACCACCACCAUUGCAUAAUCUUUGGGUUGGGGUCUUGGUACAGGCUUCUACGACUUCACAUCGUUUUCGCAUUCUUCGAGAGAAAAUAGAGCGGUCGCAACAUCAGAGCGUUUGAUCACGUUCUUGCAGCAACCGGCAUAUUCUUCCUAAUAUUCAUCUAUCAUCAUCAUCAUCAUCAUCAUCACAACCAUCAAAAAUGGCGCACAUGCAGUACAACCAGCAGGCCAUGCCCUCUGGUCUGGCCUCGAGGAGAGGUGGUCAGAACAUCAAGCCUCUUUCUUUCGACUUCAAGUCCAUCCCCGAGAACGACACUGGCAUUCCCACGCCACGCACCAGCCGUUCUCACCUUCUUGCGGGUUUGAGAACCGCCCCCAAGUCGGCUACCGCUACCAGCUUCGCAAUUGGAAACGGUCCCGCCUCGCCCACCGUCAACCCUCAUGCCCGGAACAGCCGCAACAACUCGAUCACUCCCGGCAUGUAUGACGGCGCCAGCUACCUGAACGGACCUAAGACGUCCAUGCCGACCUAUGGCGGUAUGCAUCAGGCUCAGCACCAGGCCAUGCAACAGCAGGCUGUCUACAACGCUGAAGUGGCCGCUUAUCAACAGCAGCAACAGCAACAGCAGCAGUACACAACUGACCAGAUCAUGGUCUCGCAGCUUUCGAUGGAUGACUCGGUUCAGGGAGAGCUCGAUCCCAAUGUGCACGCUCAACUCAUGUACACUAAUCACGUUCUGGCUCAGCGUCAGCAGCAGUUGCAACAGCAGCUGCAGGCCCUGCAGGCGGCUGCUCAGCAGCUCCAGUCCCAGGGUUACCGUAUGCAGGGGCAGGCCACGGCCUCGCAGCAGAGCCACCAGUCGACUGUUUACCAGCAACAGAUGCAGCACCACGUUCAGCAACAGGUGGAGCAACUCCAACAGCAGCGUCUUCAGCAACAGUAUCUGGCGCUCCAGCAGGCUCGUGCGCAGCAGGCGGCUCAGAUUCAGCACCUCCAGCAGCUUCAGGCCUUGAUGACCCCGGCUGCUACCCAGCAGCAGAGCGCUUACUCGCUCUACGAUCCCACCACUGGCCAGCAGACGCUCUACGAGGCCACCAACCAGCUUGCCAAUCAGACUGCUCAGCUUAACCUUAACAACUACGGCGGUGUCCAGCAGCCGGCUGUCGGCACUCCCCGCUUGCAGGUGUCCCCCCCUCCCCCGACCGAGACCAAGUCGAGCUCGCGAAACUCGUCGCCCCCUCGCCGUUUCGAGUCGCCUGUCGUUGAGACUGCCGUCAACCCUUUGCCUCCCCCGAGCGCCAACGCCUUCCGUCGUGGCCAUAAGAAGACCAUCUCGACUGCGAACGGCAACAAGAACCAGCUGACCAUCUCGACCAACGAGGAGCCUCCUAAGACUGCCGGUCUCAAGACGUCCACUUUCCCGAUGACCCCUAUGACGGCUGGUUAUGGGCCCGGUCAGGCUCGUGCUGGUGAGCACCCCGUUCGUCAGCCGCGCAACCCACCCUCGCUGGACGAGCUCAAGUCCAAGCCGACCUCCAAGCACGAGGGUAGCAAGAACUUUGUGGCUCGCACUCGCCGCUCGGCGAUCCACAACCUUGUGCGCGCCGGUCUUGAAAGGCGCAAGGAAGCCCGCUCCUCUGGAAGCAUCAGCCCUAUUUCCGAGAGUGCCGACGAGCUGGUGGAGACACCCUUGACGGACAACGACAGCGACUCGGGUCGUAGCGGAUCCGGUAUCCUGCUCGACCACGACGAUGCCGAGAGCAGCCUUCCUAGCUCACGCACUAGUACCGGCAGCUGGGGCGCCAUUGGCUCGGACCGCCCGAGCUCGCGUCAGAAGACCAACCGCACGAGCGUUGACAGCACCAACUGCUCGGAUAACGAGGCGGCCAGCCGUGACUCUGGCAGCUUUGCAAGCUUGUUGAAGAACAGCAACCGCGGCGCCAAGACGGAGGCCGUUGACGGCCAGCAGCGCAAGGCGAGGCUUGUAUUGACGGCUCAGAAGCGCAGCAUUGGUGCUUGAAGUGUCGCUGGCACAAAGGAAUUUUUUCAUGCCGGUUUGGUGCUUGAAGGGAUGGGUUGGCGCUUAAAGGAUACAAUGUUAUGCUAAUCACGAUUAUGCCCCGACGUCUUCAGUUAUCAUAUACUCUCAUUCACGACACGUCCCCAACUGACAUGUCUGCUGGGCAAGGUUGCUGUGCCACCUUACCUUGGGCUUUUCGUUGUCCGCUUAACGGACAGCAAACGGGAGAACUGGAGAGGAUGUGGACACAUGGCUUGGUGACGCUUUUACUUUUUUUUCUUUCUCGGUUCGCUUCAACCACGACUGUGUCCUGUGUUAUGCAUUUUUGGGAAUUGGAAUCUUUGUUCUGACAUUUACGCUUUUUAUGCUUUCACAUUCUGUAAGGUUUUGGUUUUCCGGUUCUUCACGUUCGUUUCUUGUUUGGAGGUCUUUGGGGGGGGUUUUGUGUCACUUGCAAAGGGUGGCAAGGGUGUAACUUUCUUGGAGAGAACAGGGUUGAGAGUUGAGACCAGCCGGACAUACAUACGCAAAUGUAAACAUGUGUCUACAAAUUGGGUUCAGUGAUUUCCUCUCCGUGCUUGGUGACUGAAGGAUGACCGAUAUCUCUUUUCCCUCCAUUUUCAUCCUUUGCUUGUUCUCUUUGUCUUUCUUCGGUAUUUCGGGUGCAAUGAUGAUGUCCCUGAGAGUCGGAUCCGGAUGCUAGCACUAAAAUCGUGGUUAGAGGUAGAUUGGGGGCCACAGCAGUUGUGUCUUCCGUCAGUGGCACGAUCACGGAUCGGCUCCUUCCUCGAGUGUUUCCUAUAGCACUCCUCGUCGCUUUCAACUUCCGCGCCGAAAUCGGGGGUACCUCGUCCUCGAUGUCAUGAGGCAGUCGCGAGUUGCGUCAGUGACGUGAUAAGGAAUCUAUCGCUCCUUCCUUUAUGUAAGAGCUACGCGACCGAAGGAAAGCCCGGCACUCGGACGGGAAUCAUCCGUUUCCUGUGGGAAGUCCCGCUCCAUACUGAUCCGGGCCGCGGCGCACGUUCGAUCUUCGAAGGAACAACAACUCAACUUCUCAGCAUUUCUUCGCUGUCUGGCUGCUUUUGUUCUUCCUUUUCUCUUUGUUCGUUUCACCACCCUCCGCGCUUUGAACUCG